AUGCGCUGGCUAUGGACGCUCUUCCUCCCACGCGCGUGGUCCCAGGAGAAGCGCGGCUGGACGGCGGCCUACGUCGACGCCAUCUACGCCAUGGAAGGCGCGCUCCGCCGGGCCAACGCCAGCGACUCACCGACGAUCCAGCGCGGCGCCUGGCAGCACGACCGCGCCGUCGGCGAGCACUUUAGCAGCCGCGACGCCGCGCAGGCGGCCGGGCAGUGGCGCGCGCUGCGCGACGCCGCCGCGGCGCUGCGCUACCCCGCGCGCGCGUUCGCGGGCGCCGGCGUCGCGAUCGUCGGCGGCGGCCUCCGGUACUACGGCGUCGCGGAGGUCAACGCGCGGCGCCUGCGCGACGUCGGCUGCACGUUGCCCAUCGAGCUCUGGUGCCUGCGCGCCGAGCAGCCGACGCCCGCGCUGCGCGCGUGCCGCCUCGACCCGCUCGGGGUCGUCGUCCGCGUCGCGGAUCCGGUCGCGGCCGCGCUGGGCGGCGGGCCGGCGCGGCGCGACGCCUUCGCGAAGCGCAUGCCCGCGACGAACAAGCGCUACGCGCUCAAGGCCAUCGCGCUGGUCUUCUGCUCCUUCGAAAAGGUCCUCGUGUUGGACGCGGACGAGCUCGCGGACAUGCUCGACAAGAAGCGCAGCGAGAAAUGGACCCUGGACCGGCGGCGGACCUACGCGAGCCGCCUGCCCUGCAAGCUCGCCAUCCACGCCGAGUCCGAGUUCGGCGCCAUGACGUUCACGCACGACGACCGCGACCGCGACGGCCCGAUUCCCGCGCGCCCGGGCCCGGGCGACCGCCACCUCGCGCCGACGCGGGACCUCGCCGCUGCCCCUCGAUUCGAUGGUCUGAGACAAGCGCCCACGAUGACGGCGGCGCCGCGCGACGAGCGGCUCCUGCGCGCGAUCCAGUACGCGGCGUCGGCGCUGGACACGGACCAGCCGCUGCGCCUCACGCUCCACGCCAGCGACCAGUCGAAGAUCAUCCGCUGCAACCGGUCGUCCCUCUACCGCUUCGGCGUCGGCUGCCUCGUCGUCUUCGCCGCGGCGCUCGCGCCCUUCACCGUGGAGUCGGGCCUCGGCGACCUGACGGCCGACGAGUCGCGGCGAGCGACGACGGACCGCACGAACGGCGUCAUGGUCGGCGUCGUCGCGCUUCUAGCGUGCGACUACGCCGGCGAGCUCCGCAUGCGCGUCGGCGGCUCGCGCGACGUCGUCAGCACGCGCCUGCUCCUCCGCCUCAUCGCGUUGACGGUCCUCUUCGCCAACGCCUUCGCGCGGACGGCGCUCCUGACCUUCGCGCCCGUCGUGCUCAUCUGGACGGAGUUUCCGCCGCUGCGCAACGUCGUCGGCGCGUGGCGGUCCCACGGCGCGACGUUUCUGGGCGUCAUCGCCGUUUUUGUGUCCGUGCUCCUCCUCUUCGCCCAGCUGGGCGUGUUGCUCUGGGCCGACUGCUACGACUCGCGCAUGUACGCGGACGACGACGGCGCGGACGACGGCGGCGAGCUCGGCGUGGAGUUCUGUGUGGAGUUCGACGGCGCCUUCGCGACGCUCGCGCGGUCGGCGCUGACCUUGUUCGUGCUCAGCACGACGGAGAACGCGCCCUUCGUCAUGUGGCCCGCCGUGGACUGCGGCCGGGGCCGGAGGAAGUCGCACCGCAGCGUCUUCGGCGGCGACGUCGACCGCCGCGCCGUCGUCUUCGCGGCGAUCGCGUACUUCACGGCCUACAUCGUGGUCAUGGUCUACGUCGUCGUCAACUUCAUGCUCGGGUCGGUCUACGACGCCUGGCACGAGGGCCACGUCGCGCGCGUCGAGGACGAGAAGGUCCGGCGGUUCCACGCGCUGGACGCGGCGUUCCACGCGAUCUCCCGGGGCCGGACGGACGAGGACCUGGACCGCGACGGCUGGUUCGCGUUUUAUUCGGAGCUCUGCCCCGGGCGGUCGCGCACGGCGGCGGACGUGGCCUUCGAGGUCCUGGACCCGGACCGCCGCGGCGGGCAGCGGGUGUCGCACGCGCAGUUCGUGCUCAGGGGCUACCGCGCGCUCCGCGCGGACGUCGUCCUCGUCGCCGCGCGGCGCGAGCGGCGCGAGCUGAAGACCGUGGCCACGACGCGGGCGCCCCUCGCGCGCAUCGACAGCGCGCCCCUCGACGACGACGCCUCGGACGCGGCGUCGAACGCGCCGUCGCUGGACUCGGACGCGCGGCGCGACGUCUGGCGGCGCAAGUGGCGC